AUGAACUUAAUCAUUUUUUAUUUCCUUCACAGAUACAUUGAGUUCUAUUUGUCUAGAUUUGUGUUAUCUGCUGAUAAAUAUUUUAUGGUCGGCCAAAAAGUCAUAUUCUAUGCCAUGAUAGAUGACUUCUCCAAGAUGCCUUGGAUACAUGUGCGUCCCCACUGUACACUCAAAGUUUUUGAAGUUAAACAAGAGAAGAGAUGGCAAGAUAUCAGUAUGAUGCGCAUGAAGACCAUCAAUGAGCCCAUUAUAGAUCACAUCCAAUAUGAAGUUGACUUCCUCUUUUGCACGGAUGUGGACCAAUACUUCAAAAGCCAAUAUGGAUUAGAAACUCUGGGUCAGUCAGUAGCUCAGUUGCAUACUUAUUGGUAUCAGGCAAAUAUUACAACAGUCCCUUACGAAAGAAAUCCGUCAUCAGCAGCAUAUAUACCUGGAGGUAAGGGAGAUUUUUAUUACCAUGCUGUUGUUUUUGGUGGCACUCCACUUCAGGUUCUAAAUAUUGUCAGGGAGUGCUUAAAAGGAAUCAUGAAGGACAAGGAAAAUAACAUUGAAGCCAUGUGGCAUGAUGAAAGACAUUUAAACAAGUAUUUCUUUCUCCAUAAACCCACUAAAAUCUUAUCACCAGAAUACUGCUGGGAUUACCAUCAAACAAGGACUUCAGAUAUUAAGGCUGUCAAACUACUUUGGCAUUUUAAAGCCAAUCAAAUUGUUAGACAAACAAUAUAA